AUGCCUUACAAGUCGAAACGACAAUCUCAAUCACUGAAUGCAGUUAAAGGACGUUGGUUAAAUGGAUUUCGUCUAUCGAGCGAUGAUAGCAGUUAUUCCAUGGAAAGUACUGAUGAAGAUGAAACAGCAGCAAAUUUUAAUUUAAAAGACAUGAUUCAGAUAAGCGAUAUCGCUGAUUUAUUUGAAUUUUGCAAAAAGGACUGUAACAUAAGAUAUUUAAGUGUUCUUUUCUAUUUAACUUUACGCCGGUUCAACAUUUCUUAUGAAGAAACACAUAUGUUUCUUAAGUCUGUUGGAGGUUUAACAGGUGAAGUUGCACAUAAAUGGGCGAAUGUUUUCAUGAAUGGGAAUUUUGAUGAAUUUAUUAAUGAUGGAAGAGGUGGUAAACAAGAAAAUUGUUUUUAUGAUGUUUAUCCAGAAAUCGAAGUUGAAGGAAGAGCGUUUGCAGUAAUUCAAUGUACCCAGAAAGCUGCCAGUUUUACAGCAUAUGAUUUAGCACAUUUUAUAGAUAAACGUUUUUAUGAAAUUAAUGAUAUUAAUAAGAGUAAUUCUGAUCUGGUACGAUCUGUGGAGAGCUGCAGGCUGGACUUACGAAACUGGGGGGCACGCUUUGAAACCAACACGAAUCGUCCUUAUUUUGAAGGUCACGAUCGCCAAGACGUGGUCACACACCGUCAUGGAUUCAUUCAUCAUUUUUUAACCAAUAAAGAUAACUAUUACAGCAUUAGUCCAGAUGAAGAUCCUCAUUUUCAAGUACCGAAAUCCUUUGCAAAAACCAUUCUCAUCUGCCAUGACGAAUCCACUUUUCGUAGUGGAGAUGUUCGUGCUAAGCGUUGGUUGCUUGACACUUCAGCUCCGUUUUUCAAUAAAGGUCGUGGUAGAAGUGUUAUGAUAUCGGACUUUCUUGUCCAACAUCCAUCAGGACCUUAUUUUCAUUUGAAUGAGAUAGAAUGGAUGAAUGCCAUUAAAAAAUAUCCAGACUUGUUAUAUGAUACUGAUCUACGCUAUGAAAAGUACUCCGCUACCAUUACUGCUCACUUGGGCAUUGAUGCUUAUUUUGACAAUAACAUAAUAUUAUUACAAUUUGAACGUUUAUUCAAGUUAUUAGAAUUUAAAGAAGAGUACCGAAAUCAUAAAAUUGAAGUUUUAGUAGAUAAUGCGCGUACGCACACUGCUAAAGAAUAUAACAUCAAUGAUUUCGGAAAAGGUACUGGUACUAGAUGUCCAGUAUCUUCAAUUGAAUACAAAGAUGAAAUGAAUAACAUCAGAACACUCGAUUGCUAUUUUCAAUCAGGACCUGAUAAAGGUAAAAGCAAAGGUUUAUUGGCUAUUGCUCUCGAGCUUGGCGUCAAAGUAUCGCCGAAUUGUAAAUUAGAUGAACUGAAAGCUGUAUUGUCAGCUCAUAAAGCCUUUCAAAAUGUAGGUCUUCAACGUUAUACUUCACUCAACAAAUGCAGCUCUCUUUCCUAUUCUUUCAGAUUUCCAAAUUAG